CUGUUCCCUAGGCUUAGCUCAGUUUACAUUUCCCUCUGUUGGCUGAAAGUUCUCGAAAAAUCGCAUUAAAAUGAAGUUCAUGCUGCUGUUGGUUGUGCUCGCUGCCCUUGUGGCUAGCUCCUUGGGUCUGAAGAACGAAAUUUGUGGACUUCCCAGUUCCCAAAAUGGCGAUGGAGUCCGUGCCUGUCUGGCUUACAUUCCCAGUUGGUCCUACGAUGGCAGGACAUGCGUUUCGUUCAUUUAUGGGGGAUGUGGUGGCAAUGAUAAUCGUUUCGCAUCUCAGGCUGAAUGUGAGGCAAAGUGUUUGGAAUAAAUUUGCAGUGAAUGAAAUUG